UAGCCGAUGCCGCCGAUGCCCUCACUGAUGCCUUCACCAUGGACCGACCGCAGUUUCUCGACCACUUCAACGACGUCAAUCCGACGUCAAUCCGACAUACUAUUUAUAGUAGUUCUGGGAAACAGGCUCCGUCUUCAACUUCAAAAGGGGUUGUCACGGCUGCUUGUUCAUAGCGAAGUGGCCCGUCGCGGCUUUAUCAGCCACUUGUCGGUUACAAGUGUGGGUGGCUGCGGCCCAUCUGAGACUAUAUCACUGUCUGGCGGGGGCUCAGGACCCAGACGCCGCAGUUGAUAACUGUCAAGUGAUUCCACCAUGGUGUGCUCGACGGCAGCCGCCCUGGUCCUCGUGGCCGCCCUGGCUCUCGUCGCCGCUAGCCCUGGCCGGGCGCUGAACCUUGACACCACCGGCGCCGACGACGUCCCGGAGAUCGUCACCGAGACUGACCCCAAGUACCAGAUCCCCAAAAGCUUCCUUUUGGGCGCCGGCACCGCCUCCUACCAGACGGAGGGCGCCUGGAACAAGGAUGGGAAGGGUGAGAACGUGUUCGACUACCUGUACCAUAAGAGGAAUUACCCCACUAACAAGACGGGUGACAUCGCCUGCAACUCUUACGAGCGCUACGAGGAGGACAUCAAACUCGCCGCCCAGAUGAAACUCGACGUCUACCGCUUUUCCAUUGCUUGGACAAGGAUUUUCCCUAACGGCGACAUAGCUGAAAAAAAUGAGAAGGGUGUUCAGCACUAUCACAACGUGAUCAAGACAAUUAAAGCAAACAACAUGAAACCAAUGGUCACCAUCUACCAGUUCGACCACCCACAAGCUCUGGAGACGAAGUUCGGGGGCUGGCUGAGCGAGCAGAUGGUAGAAGCCUACGUGGACUUCGCGGACUUUGUUUUCUCUGAAUACGGCAGCGAGAUCGAGCACUGGGUGACCAUCAACGAGGCCAACUUGCACUGCACGCUGGUGUACAAUGGCCUUUUCCCCCCGGGCACCCGGGACGCGAACCACACCGUGGCCGACAUAUACAAGUGCAUCCACCACGAGAUCCUGGCUCACGCGACGGCCUACCGCCUGUACGAGCAGAAGUACAAGAAAGAGCAGGGCGGCCUCCUGGGCUUCGGCUCCGUCUCCUACCUCGCCAGGCCCAACAGCAGCGAGUGGGACGACAUCAUCGCCUCGGACCGUACUAACAUGUUCGACGUCGGCCUGCUGCUGCACCCGCUCAUCUACGGCGACUACCCGGCCGUGGUCAAGGAGACCCUCAAGCUCGCUCACGGAGACGAGCCCUUCCUGCCCGAGUUCACCGAGGAGCAGAAGCAGACUCUACCAGGUGCCAUCGACUUCGUGGCUGUCAACGCCUACCUCGCCACGAUAGUUGCGGACCGCAGGAAGGAAGACCCGAAUAGAGGUGGCGGUGGCCGCGGCCCCGGGAUGAUCCCGAUGAAGGGCGUUUGGACCGACGCCAACGUCACCACAGUUGUUCAAGACACCAGCAACAUCUAUGCCGAGGUGAACACUCGAGUGCCCACAAUGCAUUGUAAAAAAAAAAUCGAGGGUGAUUUUACACUCAAAAGGGACACGACGCGACGCUCCUUUACCGCACCAGGGCAAAUCCAUUUCUCGACCCCACCAAUGGGUGUGUGAAAUUCACUACCCAAG